CCAUUUCAUUGCGGAGGAGCUCGGUUGUGUUUCGUUUGGAGUGCAGCAUCAAUAUCGGUGGAAAAAUUGGAUCGUAAUAACACUCCCCUUUCUGCCAGAUGGAAGCGGCCGUGAACCUGCCUCACGAUAGCUCCCUGAUCGGGUUGUCCAGUGGCGGGAUGGACCAACACACCAGCUCGGGCAAACGCAUUCGCAAGCCCUCCCUGCUAUACGAGGACUUUGAGAGCCCUUCUCUGCCGCACGCGAUGCCCCAGGGUCCCCCUGCCCCACCCCAGCCCCCAGUCAGGGAUCCCAGCCGGCCAGGCCGCAUGACCAACCAGCUGCAGUACCUCCAGAAGACCCUGAUGAAGUCUCUGUGGAGGCACCACUUUGCCUGGCCUUUCCAUGAGCCCGUGGAUGCCUACAGGCUUAACCUACCGGAUUACCAUAAAAUUAUCAAACAGCCCAUGGACAUGGGGACCAUAAAAAAGCGUCUGGAGAACAACUUCUACCGCAGUGCAAGUGAGUGCAUACAGGACUUCAACACAAUGUUCACCAACUGCUACAUUUACAACAAGCCGACAGACGACAUUGUGUUGAUGGCCCAGUCCCUAGAGAAGAUCUUUCUCCAGAAGGUGGCCCAGAUGCCCCAGGAGGAAGUUGAGCUUCCUCCUCCAGCUCCUCGAAACAAAAACAACAGGGGAAGAGGUCGCAAAUCUAAUUCAUCGAGGGCUCAGCAGGUCCCAGCAGUGUCGCAGUCAGCCUACUCCCCUUCUUCCUCGGACACUGGCGAGUCCAUGUUAGCCAACUCACCCCAGACUGUGCUGACCAAAAGCCUGCCUCCGGCCAACAUCAUGGGCCUGCCCCCUACACAGCCCACAACCAAGAAGAAAGGUGUAAAACGAAAGGCAGACACGACCACUCCGUCCACCAUGGGCUUGUCUGUGGGCAUGUCGGGUGUGGGCAUGUCUGGAGCAACACACAUGGUAGGUUUAGGGAAAGGAGGACACGGGGGCCAAGUACACGACACCUCCAUGCACACAGUUUCCUCCAUGGGGGGAUUGACCUUAGAUACGCCCCCUGGGAUGGGCCUGGUCAGGAGCCCUGGAGGUCCUGUCCUCCUCCAGCCCAUGAUGGCCAGCACUGGACGCAGAGUCGGCAGCGGACGCCCCAUCAAACCCCCCAAGAAGGACUUGCCUGAUUCUGUCCAGCCUCAGCCCUCGAAGAAGGGCAAACUUAGCCUGCAGCUGAGAUACUGCAGUGGGCUGCUGAAAGACAUGUUAUCAAAGAAACAUGCUGCAUACGCAUGGCCUUUCUACACACCUGUGGACGCAGCUGCACUGGGACUUCAUGACUAUCAUGAUAUCAUCAAGUGUCCCAUGGACCUCAGCACCAUCAAGAGGAAGAUGGACUGUCGUGAAUACAGGGAUGCUCAGCAGUUUGCUAGUGAUGUCAGACUCAUGUUCUCCAACUGCUACAAGUACAACCCACCUGACCAUGAUGUUGUGGGCAUGGCGCGGAAGCUGCAGGAUGUGUUUGAGUUCCGUUUUGCCAAGAUGCCAGAUGAACCACAUAUGGAUCAUACAGCCAUGUCAAUGAGUGGCCACCCCACAUCCUCUUCGUCCUCUUCUUCCUCCUCCUCAUCCUCAUCUUCCUCCACCUCUGAGAGUGAGCCCAGCAGUGAGAGUGAAGAGAGUGAAAGCAGCCCCAGCUCAGACAGUGAGGAGGAGCGAGCACAUCGCUUGGCUGAGUUACAGGACCAGGUGUGCACUCAACUCCGAGCCAUGCACGAGCAGCUGGCUGCCCUCUCUCAAGGCCCCAUUGUCAAGCCCAAGAAGAAGAAGGAGAAGAAGGACAAAAAGGAGAAGAAGAAAAAGAAGAAGCUGGAGAAGAGAAGUCGAGGUGGCAGAAGCAGAGCUGGCUCUGAGGAAUGGAAGAUGCCUGGCAAGAUUCUGAAGAGUAAAUCCGCUCGAGCAGGUGGAUCCCAGGCAAAGAAAGGCCAGGGGAAGAAGAGUAACAAGAACAGCAAGACCACAAAAAAGCCGUUCUAUCCCCCAGUGGCCACUUCCAUGUUGCCGCACUACGACUCCGAGGAAGAGGAGGAGAUUGUGCCCAUGUCAUAUGAUGAAAAGCGCCAGCUUAGCCUCGACAUCAACAAGUUACCGGGGGAAAAGCUGGGUCGUGUGGUCCACAUCAUCCAGUCCAGGGAGCCCUCACUGAGGGACACCAACCCAGAGGAGAUUGAGAUUGACUUUGAAACACUCAAGCCAUCGACACUGAAAGAGCUGGAGCGUUAUGUUAUGACCUGUCUAAGGAAGAAGCCCCGUAAGCCUUAUGGCGAGCAAGCUGCAAAGAAAGGCUGUAUUGGCAAGUCUAAAGAGGAGCUGACCCUGGAGAAGAGGAGGGAGCUGGAGAAGAGGCUGCAGGAUGUCAGUGGACAACUUAAUUCUGUCAAGAAACCUACGAAGCCUAAAGCGGAGAAGCCCAGUGCUGUAGAGACUCAAGCCCAGCCCUCGCGCCUCAGUGGCAGCAGCUCCAGCUCGGACUCAUCUUCCUCGUCCUCCUCAUCCUCGUCCUCAGACACCAGUGAUUCAGACUCUGGUUGAGAUCCUUAGCACUGGCUAAGAGCGAAAACACUAAUAACUCAGGGACUUGGGCUGGCCCCGGACACAACACACCCUGAAACAGUAGUGGGCCAAGAUAUUAGUCACCAUGGCAAAAAACACUUCAAGUGGUCUCCUAAAAUGUUUUGGAUGUGGGACUGAGGGAUGUGCAACCAUGUCUCUGUGGAUAAAUGUAGAACCCAAACACUAAAUGCCUUGGUUUCCCCCUGCUCCCCUUUGUAAAUACUUGUACAAAUUUAUGUUUCUUUUAUAAAGAAGAUUUUAUGGUGAUCCCCCAAAGAGGGAGUGGAGUAAUAAAAAGAGGAUGUGGAAAGAUGGGCGUUACUCCAAAUCUGCUUUGGCUGGACUUAUGCUGUGUCCUCCUCUGUGGAGGAAAUGGAAGAGUCUUUAUUUAUUUGUUUUCUUCACCAACAUUUCCUCAGAUGUUACUGGAAUUUGAACCAGCAACCUUUUGGUCAAAAGACUUGCUUUUCUAACACCUGGCCUUCUUAAGCCACACUUAAUUUUAGACCAACCCCUAGACUCAGCCUUAAUGAUCCAGAUUGUUAGUAAUGGUUAGAUUAUUUGGAAAAAUACAGUAUUGUUAAGUAGCUCCUGAGAUUCCUUCUCAUGUUCACAGGUCUCAGAGCUGUUGAGCAGUAAAUGAAAGCAAACCUGUGUUUUCUGCCACAUUCAGGUCAAAGUGAAAGUUGGUUACAGCUUCAGUUUGAGUUCUGGACAAUGUCUGUAAUGUUUACAUACACAGUUUUCCUCAGUUUGAUAUUGAGCGUCACUCUGCAGCCUGUUUUACAGCCUAUAGUUUGAAAACAUGGUGGGUUUAUAGUACAGUAUAGAAAUGGCUAAACAUACUGUAAUUUACAAAGUUUGCAAUUAAGUUACAUAUUCAUUCUGUAAAGAUUUUGGUUUUUUUUUUUUUUUUUUUAAAUGGCUGCACUUUUCCCCCAAAAGCCCACCAGCCAUUUUAAGACUGACUAGUCUUAUACCCGUGACACUAAUUGAGGCCGUGUCUGUCUUAUUCUCAACAUUUCUCUUCAUCACAUCAAACAGUAAAUUAAGCGUGCAUCAGUUUCUUAAGAGCUGAACACAGGCGGCUGAAUGUUAUCAGAUUACAGUGCAGGUUUCUAAUUCCCACAUCAAUCUCCUUAACCUGUGAAGUAUUGCAUUACUGUUUUCUUGAAGACGUCUGUCGCACUUGUUAACUCCGUGAAGGUUUCUUAAAAGAAAAUCUCCCGGCUGCUCCGCACGUACUGGAACAAAUGGAGUUGACUGAAUAAACUGAAGGUGAGUAACGCUACAAGCUUUCUGUAAAGAGACAGGAAAGUCCUCAUAGUCAAUGCAUAGUUAAAGCUGUUGUUGAAUGUUCAGUGAAAGAAGAUACGCUUGUAUAUAUUUAAACUGUAUUUGCUGUUGCACAAACUUGUGUUUCUGAUUAUCAGUCUUUUUUUCUUUUUCUG